CAUACAGCCCGAGAAGAGAGGUGGAGCACGAGAGGGGAUUUUUGUUGAAUUGAUUUCUCAGCCCGUGCUGCCAUCUUGUUGCGUUUUCCUGCAGACAUCGCUUUGUUUUAGGAAAUGGAUACAUCAUUAUUGUUGCAGUAUAACGAGAUGCUUACUUCACAUAUUAAUAUUCGGUGGAUAUUUAAUGUUUAGGGAUAGAUGUUUUCCAAAACAUUAAUUCAUUGUGAUAAAGUGAGCAGUGGAACAGUUAAAAAAAAAUGACAACAGUGCCUUUUCGUAUUUGAGGUAUUAUGUGACGUGUUUGUACUUUUUAAGGUGUUUGUCAAUUGGCUAGCUGGGUGACAGGAAGCGGUGUCAGAGAUGGGCAGGAAGUUGGACCCCAUGAACAAGGUGAAGCGUGGCCCGGGGCGCAAAUCGAGGAAACAGAAAGGGGCCGAGACGGAGAUCCCCAAAUUCCUGCAGGACGAUGACGAAGGACCGAAAAGACUUUCCAGUCGAGGGCGAAAAAGGGCAGGGAAACGGGUUUUACAGAAGAAAAACGAAAUGGAGAAGAAACGCAAAGACUUGCCAGCGAGCAAAAUCCCCGCCGCAAACCAGGACAAAGUGGUGCCCAAGAAAGGAUUCAGCGACAACAACGCAGAAUGGCUGAGACCGGCCAAGCGCAAGAGAGCACCCAAGGAGGAGGAGGAGGAGGAAAGCGACUCUGAGGGAGAGGGGGAGGGAAAUGGGGAGUGGAAGAAUGAAGAGGGAGAGUCUUCAGAGGAGGAAAUGGUGGAUGAUUACGGAGCUGAAGAGGGGGAAGGUGGAAGUGAGAAGAUAGGUGGAGGAGAGCUGUGGAGUGGAGGAGAGGAUGAUUCUUCUGAGGAGGAAGAGGAGGGAGACGAGGAUUCUGAGCUUUUACCUAUCGAGCGAGCUGCGAAGCGACAGAAGAAACGAGCGCAGCUGGAGAAAGAGAGAGGAGAGAGGGAAGGAGAGAGCGAGGAGGAGAAGGAGGGAGAGGAAGGCGAUCUUCAACUCAACAUCGAGGAGCUUGAGAAGUUCACCCUGCCCAGCGGACAGGAGAUUGAGAAGGAGAGCGUCCAGCCCCCCGACCUGCAAGUGGUGCAUCAGCGAAUCAAAGACAACGUGGAGGUGCUUGGGGACUUCAGCAAGAAGAGGGAGGAGGGGAGAGAGAGGGAGGACUAUCUGAGGCUGCUGAAGCACGACCUGGCCAUGUACUACAGCUACAACACCUUCCUCAUCGACAAGCUCAUGGAGCUCUUCACAGUGUCGGAGCUGGUGGAUUUCCUGGAGGCCAAUGAGGUGCAGCGACCCGUGACGAUUCGAACCAAUACCCUGAAGACAAGGAGGCGGGACUUGGCUCAGGCGCUCAUUAACCGCGGGGUGAAUCUGGACCCCCUGGGGAAGUGGUCCAAGGUUGGGCUGGUGAUCUUCGAUUCCUCUGUGCCCGUCGGUGCGACCCCGGAGUACCUGGCUGGUCACUACAUGCUGCAGGGCGCCUCCAGCCUCCUCCCCGUCAUGGCCCUCGCGCCGCAGGAGAACGAGAAGGUGCUGGACAUGAGCGCCGCUCCCGGGGGCAAGACCAGCUACAUGGCCCAGCUGAUGAAGAACACCGGGGUGAUCCUUGCUAACGAUGCCAACGCAGACCGGCUGAAGAGUGUGGUGGGAAACCUGCACCGAUUGGGGAUCACGAACAGUGUGGUGUGCAACUACGACGGGAGAGAGUUCCCCAAGGUGAUGGGAGGUUUCGAUCGAGUUCUUUUGGAUGCUCCUUGCAGUGGAACAGGAGUCAUUUCAAAGGACCCGGCCGUCAAAACCAGCAAGGAUGAGAAGGAUAUCCUCCGCUGUGCUCACUUACAGAAGGAGCUGAUCCUCUCUGCCAUCGACUCCCUGGACGCUUCCUCGGAGACGGGGGGCUACAUGGUGUACUGUACCUGCUCUGUCAUGGUGGAGGAGAACGAGUGGGUCGUGGAUUAUGCUCUGAAGAAACGCAAUGUGAAGCUGGUCCAAACUGGGCUGGAUUUCGGGAAGCAGGGUUUCACCAGGUUUAAGGAGCGUCGUUUCCACCCCUCUCUCAAGCUGACUCGCAGGUUCUAUCCUCACACUCACAACAUGGACGGCUUCUUUGUGGCCAAAUUCAAGAAGUUUUCCAACGCCCGUUCCCAAACCCGUCAAGGAAGGAGAGAAGGAUCCUCAGGAGGGUGAAGUGGAGGCCACAAAUGACAAAAACACAAAGAACUCAAAAAAAACCCAAACAGACCGAUUCCAAACCCGCCCCCACCACUGCAGCCAGAGGUCAGGGAGCAAAGGUUACCAAGGUCACCAAAGCUAAGGGGGAAGGAAUCCGAGACACGAAGGAGAAAAAAGCAAAGAGUGGAGCGAUGAAGAAGAAGAGGUUUGAGAAGAAGAAGAGCAACGGCAGGAUGGGAAAGAACAAGUUCAAGAAAUUCAAGAAGCUGAAGACCGUGUGAUCUGUCCUCCAGGAACAGAGCUGGAAUAGAAAUACUAAAGAAACUGAAAUUCAAAAAGAAACGCUUUCACGAGAAGGCUUUCUCAGUGUCUUCAGUGUAACCAGUGAGAAACGCUUUGACGAGAAGGCUUUCUCAAUGUCUUUAGCGUAACUUCAAUGAGAAACGCUUUGACGAGAAGGCUUUCUCAAUGUCUUCAGGUGUAACUUCAGUGAGAAACUCUUUGACGAGAAGGCUUUCUCAAUGUCUUCAGUGUAACUUCAAUUGAGAAAACUCUUUGACGAGAAGGCUUUCUCUAUGUCUCUGUAAAUUCAGUGACAGUUUCAAUGAAGAUAUUGGGAGACUUCUAGUUAGAACAUUUGUCAUGGAAUUUUAGUUUCUUUCAGUAUUUCUAAACGCAAACAAAAUCAAUGAGAUCUGAGAAAGUCUCUU